UUAAAUUCAGAUUACUUUUCUGAGAGUGAAAUAAAUGAUCUAUUAGAGAAGCUCCGUGCUGGGACAUUGACUUUAGAAGAAAUUAUCAAAUUUAUUGUCACUGUAGUUACAGAGAAAGAAACAAAAACCCUAAAAAGUGUCACCACAACAACUCAAGUUACAAGGAAGGAGAUAAAACAGAAAUCUAUUAACCUUAGUGAGUGGCCACCGGAAGAUCAACUUCAGAAAGCUUUGGAGGCUAUUCCAUAUGAAGUGUCCAGACAACAAACUGAAGGGGAGAAACAAGACAGUGUGUCCAUUUGGGGCUUUUUGCAAAGUGAGAAACUGCCUGAUGACAAAAGCAAAGAACUGUUGCAGAGGUGCAAAAACACAGUACAAGAGGUUCUGAUUGGCUGCAUCAAACUCAUCCAGAGAAGUGGAGAGGGACAGUUUUCAGCCGAGACUUCUUCUGUUGAUGAGCAAACACAGAAGUUAUUACAGAAUAUAACUCAAAUUUCUGUUGGUGAAUUUAAAGGUCAGAAGAUAUCACUGUGGAACCUUCUUCUCGCCAAAUACAUAUCAUCUAAGAAAAGAAAGAUUAAUGGCAUAUCUUACCUGGUCUUCUUCUAUCCAAGAUAUUAUAAGAAUGAUCACCACCAUUAUAGAGGAGACUGAAGAGAGAUCUAGUAAGUUUAUUUUCAAGGGGCUCAGACAACAGGUUAGAGCUGCAGAAUUGCUAAACUCUGACAUUAUUGACCAGAAGACCCUUGAUGAUCUCUCCAAAUGAAGCAAGACCCUGGAGGAGAUAACUCAAAUAGACUCCGUGAAAAGAUAUUUGGAAGGAACAAGCUGCAUUGCCAGAGUGUUUGUCCCCUCAAAAAAUCCUUCUUCUAAGAUGGAAACAAUGAGCAUAUACCAAGCCACGCGGAAACAUAUUUUAAGACCAGGCACUGCCUUGGUGCUUUUAGAAGCUCAAGCUGCAACUUGCUUUAUCAUUGACCCAAUUAACAACAGAAAAUUGUCAGAAGAUGAAGCCAUUUCUUCUGGGGUGGUUGGAAAAGAGCUUCAUGCAAAACUCCUAUCUACAGAACGUGCAGUUACUGGUUACAAAGAUCCCUACACUGGUGAAAAGAUUUCUCUCUUCCAUGCCAUGAAGAAGGAUCUAAUAGUCUACGACCAUGGCAUCCGUCUUCUAGAAGCACAGAUUGCCUCCUCUUUCUUACCCCCUCUUACCUGCACGCUCUUUCUUCUCUCUUCAUCUUCCUUCAAAUAUUGUUUGUUUAUCUUGAACCUGGAAAACUCAAUAAAAAAGUUAAAUAUUAAAAAAGAAAAAGAGAAACACAAUUUCCUGAAGUCUGUGGAGAUUGACGUAAGUGCCGGCCAUCUCAAAGGCCAAAAAAGUUCCCUUUGGCAGCUUCUUAAUUCUUCAUAAAUCACAGGCAAGAAAAGAAAUGAACUGCUUACUAAGUAUGAAAGUGGAGCUCUAACUCUUGUGCAGCUCAAGCAGUCAAUCAUAGCCAUCAUGGUGGAAGCAGAGAAAACUGUCAUAAACAGUUCAGAUGAAACUUGUGUAAGAGAAUCAGGAAAGACAGGUGAUGAUUCCCCAUCAGGACCAAUAAUUCAGUCCCUGUCCCAUUUCUCUACCUUCCUUUCCACUGAUGAAUUCAAAGGUCCCAGUGUUUCUCUGUGGGAUAUACUUAACUCAAAGGCCA